AUGGAGAACCCUUCUACUUAUUAUGUUCAUUGUUUUGCUCAUCAACUGCAACUUACACUUGUAGCUGUUGCUAAAAAUCAUAUAAGAAUUUCUACUUUUUUUGAUGUGGUUGCACAAUUGAACAAUAUUGUUGGAGCGUCAUGCAAGCGAAGAGAUAUACUUCGUGAGAAACAAUUUGAAAAAGUUAUUAAAGGAAUUUGCAAUGGUGAUAUCUUCAUUGGACAAGGUAUGAAUCAAGAGAUGACAUUAAAAAGAGCUGGGAGCACACGUUGGGGUUCACAUUAUAAUACAUUGUUAAGUUUGAUACAUUUGUAUCCUUCAAUUAUUGAUGUCCUUUUAUUUGUUGAAGAGGAGGGAAAAGAUCACAAGCAAAGGGCACAAGCAAAUAAUCUGUUAGAAUUGAUUGGAAAAUAUGAAUUUAUAUUUCAGAUGCACUUAAUGAAGAAUAUCUUGGGAGUCACGAAUGAUUUGUCGCAAGCUUUACAAAGAAAAGAUCAAGACAUUGUAAAUGCCAUGAUUCUUGUAAAAUCAAGCAAACAUCAACUGCAAACUAUGAGAGAUGAUGGUUGGGAUUUGUUACUGAAUGAAGUUUCUUUAUUUUGUGUUAAGUAUGAGGUAGUCACCCCGCACAUGGAAGACUUGUUCGUCUUUCAUGGGAGGUCACGACGAAAUAUUGAAGGAAGGACAAAUCUUCACUAUUAUCGUGUUGAAACGUUUUAUGAAGUGAUAGAUUUGCAACUUCAGGAGUUGAACAGUCGCUUUAACGAGGUGAACACGGAGUUGUUGUUGUGUAUGAGUUGUUUUGAUCCAUCAAAUUCAUUCUCUGCUAAUGAUAAGAGAAAAUUAUUUCAGUUUGCUCAGUUUUAUCCAUCCGAUUUUUCUCCAAUGGAGUUAAUGCAUCUUGAGCCCCAACUUGAUAACUUUAUUUUUGAUAUGUGGAGUAGCAAUCAAUUCUCUGAGGUUGUGGGGAUUAGUCAGCUUGCUAAAAGGCUGGUUCAAUUGAAAAAACAUCAUCUGUAUCCUUUGGUAUAUUUACUUUUGAAGUUAGCAUUGCUAUUACCUGUUGCAACUACAACUGUAGAGAGAGUGUUUUCAGCAAUGAAAAUAAUCAAAACCUCACUUCAAAAUCGGUUGGGAGAUGAUAUGGUAAAUGAUUGUUUGAUACCAUAUAUUGAGCGAGAUGUGUUUGAUACCAUUGAUAAUGAAGCUAUUAUUCAACAUUUUCAAAAUAUAAAAUCUCGAAGAGUGAUAUUGUAA